AUGGUUGCGGGGCCUUGGGCGGGAAGACCCUCACCCAGCCGACGUCAUGUUCCGAGCGGGAAGGUCGCGUCGAUCACUUUUACAUCCAAGCAUCUCGGAUUCUCGGUGGACCUUCUACGCAAGCCACAAUACGGCGGCACCAUGUCGUUCGUGGUAGACCAAAUCCGCCGACUCGACGGGCAGCUAGAUCGGCUGCAAUUGUCGACCACACAAGCCGGCGGGAAUUUUACUACACUCACGGCAGAGGAAGCCCAUGACCCUACGAGAUCAGCGCGUAUCACCCACCUGCAGACGUUGAUCAAAUCCCUUUCCACGACGACAUCCUCCAAGUCGAGUCUUGUGCCUGCGGAUAGGAUCCUGGAAACGCUCAAGCGGGCUGAUAUAUCCAACAACUGUGCAACAUGCAACCAGUGGUUUGCAAAAAAUGAAGAGGACAGUAGUGAUUAUGAGGAUGCCCGUCCGGACGCCAGCUAUGAACAUGAGCUAGAGUGGCUGCUGUUGAGCAAAGCCACCACACAGGCCUAUGGACAGGUGCUGAAUACAAUCUUGGAACAGACCAUUCCCUUGGAAGAUGAGCUGUGGUAUUGGGACGAUAUUCUCUCAACAUAUCAUUUCGCAGGCCUGUACUCGAUACAAACGUCGCCGAUUCGUAUGUGGGCCUGGACAAAGGAAAUAUACCACGAUGUACGGUCAAGAGGUGGGCAGUUUGCAGAUGGUUGGAGCCAGUUUUAUGGCUUGGUCAAGACUGCGGUGCAAGAGCGGAGUGUUGCGGAUAUCCAGCGACGGGUGGUGAGUCCGUUGGCACUUGUGCGGAACGAGGCGAGGCGGAAACGUGCUGUGCUUAGGAAGAUCCGGAUGGUCAAUGCGAAUGCGCUGGGUGUACUACUUGGUGAAGGACUAGGUAAUGAGAGUGUUAACGAUGACGGCACGCGUUCUCCUGGGCUGCUUAGCACACAAGAUCACAAACAUCGGUGGAAGAGUGUCAUGUCCAAAAGUAUUGCAUUGAUGGAUGCCGUAAUUCAGAGUGUUGAGACGGCAGAGCUCUCUGUCGAUAAGUUCGACGAAACAGUAGCCAGCAUUACACAGGACGACACAUACUACAUGCUUCACGAACCCUCGGGCGAACGGACCGCAACUUCCUUGAAACCAGCCGAUGUGGCAAAACGUCUUGAGUACCUUCUCCAGCAAGCUUUACCCACUUACAUGUCGAAUUUUGAGGCUGUGGCCAAGGAAAAUGGUCGCCCAUCUCGCCUCGUCCGGUACUGGCUUCCAGCAACUGUUCUCCUCGUAUCUUCAACUACCAUCCUCCGUAUAUUCGUAAAUCGCAAGGAAGAAAUCCUCACUUGGGUGCGUGAACUAGGCCAAACCAUAAUCGACUUCUGGGCAAACUGGGUAGUUGAGCCAACCAAGAGGGUGAUUGGUACCAUCCGGCAUGAUGCUGAUAGUGAGGUCUCCAUCAUGAGCAAGCGAAGUCUUGAGACGGAUCGUGCGAGUCUGGAACGUAUGGUAGUCGACUUUGCGGUCAAGAAUCCCGAUGGCCCCGUGCUGAAUGACUCCCAAAUCGCUGAUAUCAGGGCAAAGGUCCGAGAGGGCGAUCUUACUCCGGUCCUUAGGUCGUACGAAAUAGACAUCCAGAGCCCGAUCAAAGGAGCCAUUGUUGGCAACCUGGCCAGCGCGCUGCUGAUCCAGGUUCAGAAGACCAAGGUAGACGUCGAAGUCGCAAUGGCUGGCAUCGACAGCAUUCUCAAAAGCCAGGAACUGUUGUUUGGCUUCAUUGGACUGACGCCUGGUGUUUUGGUCAGCAUCGGCGUAUACAGAUGGCUUGGAGGUGUCGUGACCAACCGCAAGGGUGUGAAGCAGUGGGCACGGCAGGGACGCAUGCUGCUCAUACUGCGCAACAUCGACCGCAUUCUCACCAGUGCGACGCCUAAUGAGUUUGGGGAGAUGUCGUACAAGGACCACGGGCUGCUUCUUUGUGAAGUUCAUCUCCUUCGCCAGGCUGCCAGUGGCAGUUUGCCAAGACGCAUAUUCCAUGACUUCCUGGUGGAGAUUGACGAGUUGGUUGACGUGAGGAGCGGGCUGGUGAGGCAGCAGAAGGUGGUGGAGCGCAUUAGACAUGGCGAUUCUACUGGCUGGCUACCUGAUAGCCGCAGGAUAUCCCCCCAACUGAUCCAACUGAGCACAGAUACAGAAUGUGAGGUCGUCGUCGCCACCGGGAAUAGACUUGCAAGGGCUCAUUGGAACCCUAUCCAUCCCGUGGACAAAGUGUGUGUACCUGUGUUACCGGUAGGUAGUGGCGGCAACGGUGACGAGGUUGCGCGCGCGGUGGUUCUUGGCGGCCGAGCCCCAACGUCAACGUAG